UCAUUUCCGAUAACAUAUCAGCCAAAUUAUGCCAAUCUAAUAUAAAUAUAUUUGAAUUUUCCAAUAUAUACAGUAAACGAAAUUCACCAAGAACUUCAGUAGUGUACGAAAUUUUGGCAAUAGCAGUUGGCUGGAUUCCUAAUUUAUUAACAACCUUGGCAAAUAUUAACAACAAAAAACUAAUAAUCGCUAGUGUUUAAACAAAAAUAAUAUCACAAAAUCACGUGAUGAGUGGUGAUAACGGGCAUCAAAAGGACGACAUGUCCUAUUACAAAAGUAAUAUCACUUUAGGUGAUGAAAAUACAGAUCAAUACAUAACGGGUUCAUCAGUGCCCAUAAAUGGUGAAAAGAAAAAAUCAAACUGGUGGAAUCGAAAGAAAAAUCAAGAUGACACUUCCGAAAAUAGUGAGGAAAGUGAAAGUGGCAAACCUAAAGACGAUGUUAAGCCAGUAGCUUUUUAUCAAAUGUUUAAAUAUGCCACAACCACAAAUAAAAUCAUGUAUUUUGUGGGUAUAUUGGCGUCCAUUGCUACGGGUUUAACAACACCAGCUAACAGUUUGAUUUUUGGUAAUCUGGCCAAUCAUAUGAUUAAUUUUGCUGAAUAUGCUGGUGGUUUCACUAGAGCUGAUGAAUCUGGCAAAUUAUUGGAUGCUGUACAAACGUUUGCUUUCCAAAACACCAUGAUUGGUGUGGUAAUGUUGGCAUGCAGUUAUAUCUCUAUAACUUUAUUUAAUUAUGCUGCUCACGCCCAGAUAUUGCGCAUACGUGGUAAAUUCUUUAGAUCCAUACUGCAUCAAGAUAUGGCUUGGUACGAUUUCAAUCAAAGUGGUGAAGUGGCCAGUCGUAUGAAUGAAGAUUUGUCGAAAAUGGAGGAUGGUUUGGCCGAAAAGGUGGUUAUGUUUGUCCAUUAUAUGGUGGCUUUUGCCGGUUCCAUUAUUUUGGCAUUUUAUAAAGGUUGGCAAUUGGCUUUGGUUUGCUUAAGCAGUUUGCCAGUAACUUUUAUAGCCAUGGGUUUGGUGGCUGUGGCCACCUCAAAGUUGUCCAAACAAGAACUCAAUGUUUACGCUUCGGCUGGCACUAUUGCCGAGGAAGCUCUUAGUGGCAUACGAACCGUCAAAGCGUUUGAGGGUGAAAGCAAAGAGGGCUCAGCUUACAAGUCUCAAAUUGUCGAUGCUCGUAAUUUGAAUAUAAAACGUAACUUCUUCUCGGGUUUGGGAUUCGGUCUAUUGUGGUUCUUCAUUUACGCUUCUUACUCACUGGCCUUUUGGUAUGGUGUGGGUUUGGUUUUAAAGAAUUACGCCCAUAUUCCCGGCUAUGAAAACUACGAUGCUGGUACUAUGAUUACUGUCUUCUUUUCGGUAAUGAUGGGUUCCAUGAACAUUGGCAUGGCAUCUCCUUAUAUCGAGGCCUUUGGUAUUGCCAAGGGUGCUUGUGCUAAAGUGUUCAAACUGAUCGACCAAAUUCCCACUAUUAAUCCCAUCGAACCUAAAGGUGUAAACAUGAAUCAAUCCCUAACUCAUAUCGAAUUUCGUGAUGUCGUUUUUCAUUAUCCCACACGUAAGGAAGUAACAAUUCUGAAUAAAUUCAAUUUGAAAAUUCAUCGUGGACAAACAGUAGCAUUAGUGGGCUCAUCAGGGUGUGGCAAAUCAACAUGUAUACAAUUGAUUCAACGUUUCUAUGAUCCUGAAGGUGGUCAAGUGCUUUUCAACAACCUGGACUUGAAAGAUAUAAACAUUAAUUGGUUGAGAGAACGCAUCGGUGUAGUUGGUCAGGAGCCCAUUUUAUUUGGUACGACAAUCUACGAAAACAUACGUUACGGCCGUGAAGAUGCUACGAAGGAACAAAUUGAAGCUGCUGCUAGAGCUGCCAACGCUAUGGUAUUUAUCAGUAAACUUCCUCUAGGUUUUGAUACUUUGGUAGGAGAACGCGGUGCUCAAUUGUCCGGUGGUCAAAAACAACGUAUUGCUAUUGCCAGAGCUUUGGUAAGAGAUCCCGAAAUAUUGCUAUUGGAUGAAGCCACUUCGGCUUUGGACACUGCGAGUGAAGCUAAAGUACAGGCUGCCUUAGAAAAGGCAGCUGAAGGCAGAACUACCCUGAUAGUAGCUCAUCGACUUUCCACUAUACGUCGUGCUGACCGUAUUGUUGUCAUUAACAAGGGCAAUGUGGUCGAGAGUGGCACUCAUAAUGAGCUAAUGGCCUUGAAACAACACUAUUUCAACUUGGUUACGACUCAAUUGGGCGAAGAUGCCAAUGUCACAACACCUGGAAUUAAGCAAAAUGAAUUCUUCGCAAAUGCCAAGGACGAAGAUGAAGAACAAAUAAAAAUAACUCACGUUGAGGAAGUCGAAGAGAUCAAAGAGGAAAAGGGUACAUUCUCAAUUAUUAACAUUCUAAAGAUGAAUCGUGAUGAAUGGCCUCAAAUAUUGUGUGGUUGUGUUUCAUCAGUUAUUAUGGGAGCUGCUAUGCCUCUCUUUGCUGUACUUUUUGGAUCUAUUUUGCAAAUUUUGGCUGUCCAAGACAGACCGGAGUAUGUAAGAGAAAAUACAAAUACUUUCAGUUUGUAUUUCCUCAUUUGCGGUAUUGUAGUGGGAAUUGCAACAUUUUUACAGAUCUACACAUUUGGCAUUGCUGGUGAAAAGUUAACAGAACGUUUGCGUGGCUUGAUGUUCGAUGCCAUGUUAAGAAUGGAAAUUGCUUGGUUUGAUGAUAGUGGUAAUGGUACUGGUUCUUUGUGUGCCCGCUUGUCUGGUGAUGCCUCAGCUGUGCAGGGUGCUACCGGCCAACGUAUUGGAACUAUUGUGCAAUCUUUGGCUACACUGAUUUUGGGUGUAGGACUAUCCAUGUACUACGAAUGGAGUUUGGGCCUUUUGGCUUUGGCCUUUACACCAUUCAUCUUGAUUGCAACAUAUUUGCAGAGGAAAGUAAUGGCCCAGGAAAAUAUGGGUACCGCCAAAACUAUGGAAAAAUGUACAAAGCUGGCUGUUGAAGUUGUUUCAAAUAUUCGUACUGUAGCUUCAUUGGGACGUGAAGAAAUGUUCCACCAACAAUACAUGGAAAUGUUAUAUCCAGCUGUUGCCAAAGCUAAGCGCAAUACUCAUUAUCGUGGAUUCGUAUACGGUUUGGCUCGAUCCUUGAUGUUCUUUGCAUAUGCUGCUUGUAUGUACUAUGGUGGCUGGUGUGUGGUCAACAAAGGCAUGGAGUUCGGUAAUGUGUUUAAGGUUUCGCAAGCUCUAAUUAUGGGUACAGCUUCAAUUGCCAGUGCUUUAGCUUUCGCGCCCAAUUUCCAAAAGGGCAUCUCAGCAGCAGAGGGUAUUUACAAGUUGAUAACUCGUGAACCUAAAAUCGUAGACCGUCCAGAUGUUUCACACGAACCAUGGCAAUCCGAAGGCAAUGUCUCAUUUAAUUCGGUUCGUUUCUCGUAUCCUACACGCCAAGAAAUCACUGUGCUCAAAAGUCUUAGCCUUGCUGUAAACAAAGGUCAGAAAAUUGCAUUAGUAGGUCCUUCAGGUUGUGGCAAAUCGACCUGUAUUCAACUAUUGCAACGAUUCUACGACGUAGAUGAUGGUUCAGUGACCGUGGACACAAUCGAUAUACGCAAUUUAUCAAUUCUAAAUUUGCGCAAACAAUUGGGUAUUGUUUCACAAGAACCCAUACUCUUUGACAGAAGUAUACGUGAUAAUAUUGCCUAUGGCGAUAACACUCGCAUGGUUUCCGAACAAGAGAUUAUGGAUGCGGCUAAAAAAGCCAACAUACACAACUUUGUGUCAUCUUUGCCAUUGGGUUACGAAACUCGUAUGGGUGAAAAGGGCACACAACUGUCUGGCGGUCAGAAACAAAGAAUUGCCAUUGCUCGUGCAUUGGUUAGAAAUCCCAAGAUCCUGUUACUCGACGAAGCUACUUCAGCUUUAGAUGCCGAAAGUGAAAAGGUUGUACAGGAUGCCCUCGAAGUGGCCAGUGAGGGUCGUACUAGCAUUAGUAUCGCACAUCGUCUAUCUACCAUUGUAGACUGUGAUAUCAUUUUUGUCUUUGACGAAGGCAAAGUCUGUGAACAGGGUACCCAUAAGCAAUUACUUGAAAUACGCGGUCUAUACUAUACUCUUUAUAAACUACAAACAGGUGCUAUGUAAAGGUCAUUUUAAUUUCCACACUCUCAUCACAAAAAAAACACACUCCACACUCUGAUAUAUGUACAUACAUAUGUGCUAUGCUAGUUGGCUACUUAAUUUUAAGCUUCAUUCAUACAAUUUCCUAGUAUUAUUUAAUAAGAAAAUAGUAUGUAGUAUUCGAACAAAAGACCACACAAGUCAUUAAACGAAUUAUAAAUAUUAAAAACCAUUGUAAACAAUGUGCAUCAAUAAUUAAAUUAACAUUUAGCAAAUUAUACUUUUGCUAGGAAUUUAUUUAAGUUUAAUUUUUAUUUAUUAUUGUAUUGUAUAUUGAUAAGUAGAUAUUUUUUGUUAUUAAUCGUGAUAAUAAAGAUAAGAAAAUACUUUUUUAAAAAAUUAAA